AAGAACGUAGAAGAAAUGGGAAGAAAAGGAAAGCGCAGUCUGGUGAGAAAGAAGGAAAACAUGAAUUGAAUUAAGAAGAGACGACAGCGCCACGAUACGAACUAACGGCAAUGUCCGGAAAUUGUAUACGGGCUUUAAUAUGGCGCAUGCGCGUUUAAGAGAUAUUUCUCUCUUAUACCAUCAUCACCACCACCACCUACCAUUACCAUCACCACCACCAGCACUACCACCACCACCACCACUACUGUCGUCGCGUUGUCGUGCGCUGUCCCGCCGCCUGCGGACGAACCGAAAUAAAUCGAACGCGACGCCGAGUCGAUCAGCAGCGGAGUAAAGGUGCUACUACGCUACUACGGUGGACGCGACCGUUUUUCGCGUUUAGUGAUGAUCAGGACGAGCCGUUCUUGUUUUCGUCGACGUUGUUAUUCGUGGCAUUGCGUUAAAACGAAAUAGCGUGCCACCCACAAAAGAAUAAAAUCAAGAGAGACGCGCGAACGCAACGUUAACCAACGAUAAAUAAAUAAAUAAAUAAAUAAAAUAAAUAAACAAACAAAUAAAUAAAUAAAUCUCUUACUGAGAAUUAUUCUGACAAAAUAAGAGAGAAAUAAUAAGAAUAACAAGCAAGUGAAGAAGAGAGGGAGGAGAAGGAGUAAGAAAAAGAAGAAGAAGAGAAAGAAGAGGAAGAAAAGGAGGAGGAAGAGGAAGAAGAAGAAGAAGAAGAAGAAGAAGAAGAAGAAGAAGAGGAGCUAACUAACGAACGAACGAACGAGAAGGAACGAGGACACGCGCUUCGUUGCUCGUCGCUGUCGCGGCCACGGAUGCAUAUGGAGGUGUCCCCGAACCGGCGCUGUCUGAACCAGCUCAACAGCUGAUCGGAGUACGAAGCGGCGGUGAACGGGGCCACUAUUGCACCACCACCCCGCAUAUUUGCAAGAAAUCGGAACCGAUAUAAUCGUUGAGGAGUAACGAGAGAUCUUAAAGGCCACGUUCGAAAGAGUUGUGGGAGAGAGAUCAAGAGAAAGAGAGAGAGAGAGAGAAAUCAAGAGAGAUCAAGAAAGAGAGAGAGAGAGAGAGAGAGAGGAAAGGACGAGCAAAAGAAAGAGAUAAAGAGAAAGAAGAAAAAAGGGAGAUAGGGUGAGAUUAUAAAAAGAAAAAAUAAUUGAAAAAGAAGGAAAAAAGAAGAGGGAGAGAAAGAGAGAGAGAGAGAGAGAGAGAGAGAAGGUGUGUUGUAAAAAUAUACAGGGGGCUACAGAAACAAAGAAUUUUUUUAUUCGCUUGGACACGGCAUCAUGGUCAAAACUUUCCAAGCGUAUCUGCCCUCCUGUCAUCGCACUUACUCGUGCAUUCACUGCCGUGCUCACCUCGCCAAUCACGACGAACUCAUCUCUAAGGUGAGCUCUCUCUAUCAGUCCUUCCAAGGCAGUCAAGGUCGUGCCUAUCUCUUCAAUUCUGUGGUAAACGUGGGUUGUGGUCCUGCCGAGGAACGCGUACUCUUAACCGGCCUUCAUGCGGUCGCCGAUAUUUACUGCGAGUGCUGCAAGACGACUCUCGGCUGGAAAUAUGAGCAUGCCUUUGAGUCAAGUCAAAAGUACAAGGAGGGCAAGUUCAUAAUCGAGCUCGCCCACAUGAUCAAGGAGAAUGGAUGGGAAUGAAACCUUCUUAGGGGAAAUUUCGAUUAAUAUUCCCCCUGAUCUUGAAUCGCUUGCGUCGAACUUCGUUCAUUGAUGAUAAUGAUGAUGAUGCUGAUGAUGAUGAUGAUGAUGAUGAUGAUGAUGAUGAUGAUGAUGCCUCUCCUAUUGCGAAGACGAAGACGACGAUUACGACUACGAUGACGACAAAUAGGAAUAACGUCUUCGUUCUAAUAUCGUAAAGUGCGCGGCUCAUCUUCAACCACUCCCUCUCAUUCCCCUCAUUCCCAUCCCCACUCACUCGCUCACCUACCCCUUGUGUCCACUAUCCUUACUCCUCGCCCUCAUUCCACUAUCUUCUCACUACUUUCUCAAGUUCAAGCUGUGAACCAAAUCCCCCAAUCCACAACCCUCCUAAUCCAAUCCAAUCCCAAGCCAACCUCCAAAACAACCCUCUCUUCUUCACUCUCUGUCGAACCACCAACGAAAGUCUGUGAUUUCAUUUGUGAUUUCUAAUCUUAGUAACGUUUAUGUUUCGGACAAUUCGACGGCUUCGAAUACAAGAACGAGGACGAGGAGGACAAGAACUAGAACGAGAAUUAGAACGAGAACGACAAGAACGCAACCGAUUUUUGCUUCUUUUCGAUCGACUCGAAAGACGAGCGAUGACAUCGGUGAAUGAUCCGCAUUAUGCGUAUGCGGUUCCUAUCCGCCGAUAAUAUAUUAAUUGUGUAAAGAAAUUUUAUUUUUCGAAAGGACCGCGCGCACGCGCUCACUCUCUGACGCGGCCGCGCAAUAUAUAUAUAUAUACACACACGCAUAUAUAUAUAUAUAUAAAUAUAUAUAUAUAUAUAUAUAUAGAUUAUUAAAUAAGACGACGAUAUGACAUCGCGCGAUUAUGGUGAAUAUGAUGACGACGAUGGUGCCAUGGUGGAAACAAUAACAACUACAGCAACAACAACAACAAUAAUAAUAAUAAUAAUAAUAAUAAUAAUAAUAAUAAUAUUAAUAUUAAUAAUAAUAACAAUAAUAAUAAAGGGACCGGAUAGCUCUGUUCGACCUCAGGGGUGCCCCUCCCUCCCCUCAUAUUUUCACUCACAUCAUUAUUCUGUCGUUCGAUCAGACGACAACGAUGACAACGACGACGACGACAAAAACAACAACAACAACAACAACAACUUACAACAAGCAAAAAGCAAACAAGCAAGCGUCGUGUCCGUAUAGAUAUAAUAUGUUAAGAAAUAAACGCGUGUGUGUGUGUGGGGCACCCCAAGGAGAAUAUCAGUUCUUAGAAAUCCGUUAUUCGCACUCGAAGUCAAUCCUUUUAAGUGCAACGGAGAAAAAAAAAAGGAAAAAAAAAAUAAACAAGAACGGUAAACGAAAAAAAUGAGCAAGAACAAAAAGAAAAGAAAUGAAAAGGAAGGAAAAGAAGAGAAAAAGUAAGAAAGUAAAAGUAAAAGGAAGGAAAAGUAAAGUAAUGACAAGUAAAGAAAACACAACAACAACAACAACAACAACAACAACAACAACCACAACAACUAACACACACGUCGCUGAACUGACCGCCUGCCUGCCGCGUCUAUCAUUGGAAUUUCACUGCCGAUAUUCCUAACUAUUAAUUAAGAAGAAUUAUUGCGUUGUGCAUAGACGACGCGAGAAAGAAAGAAAGAAAAAAAAAAAAAAUAUGGUAGUCUCUUAGUGUAGUUUACGUUUAAUAGUAUAUUAACUGAAGAAGAAAACAAAAAGAAAAGAAAAAAAAAAAAAAAAGAAUAAAAAAAGCCUAUAUUACAACAUUAUAGGACACCUCUCGUGGAUGAUAGAAUAUAAGUAAUUAAGUAAAAGUAAUGAAGAAGGGGUAAGUGAGAAAGAAAUCGCAUGGAAGAAAGAUAGAGAGAGAGAGAGAGAGAGAGAGAGAGGGAGAGAGAGAGAGAGAGAGAGAGAGAGAGAGAGAGAGAGUGAGAGAGAUAUAUAUAGAGAGAAGAAAAAGGUCUGGUUAUGUGUUGCGUGUACAUGUUUGAUUUUUAUGUUCACCAUGCCUGCCAAACUGUCUAUUUGUCUACCAGUAGUUACUACUGUUACUAGAAAUAUUAUAGCGUGUGUAUAUAUAUAUAUAUAUAUAUAUAUGUAUGUAUAUAUAUAUAACAUGUUCACGUUUAUGUUAAUUUUAUUUUCUUUCAUCGGCUCUUGCAGGGUGUGGUGCGACUGAAUCUUUUAUUGUAAUGCCACUGGACUGCGCCUUCCUAUGCACGCACUAUAAUAAUACGUUAAAAUGAAAAGAAAAAGAAAAAGAAAAAAAAAAAAAAUAACAUUAUGGAACAAGACAAUUGCUCAUUACUUUUAACGUCGAUCUCAAUUGUAAAUAUUAAAUAGGAUUCUGUAAUAUCAAUGAUUUUAUGAAAGCAGCAUUUUCGUUCUGCUCAAAACUAAAAAAAGAAAGAAAAAGAUAUAUAUAUAUAUAUAUGUAUAUAUGUAUAUAUAUAUGCAUGUGUAUAUGUGCAUGUAUAUAUAAAUAUAUAUUUAUAUAUUAUAUAUAUAUAUACAUAUAUAUAUAUAUAUAUAUAUAUAUAUGGUAUGGUAAUUGAUCGUGAGAGACGAUAAAUUUUCUUUAAUUAUCGUAAUAAACAUCGUGGCUGGAUGUGUGAAAAAAAAAAAAAAAAAAAAAUGAGAAAAAAGAUUAAUAAUGACACAGUGACAUUUCUAAGAAUAAUUUUCGUUAACGAAACUCGCAUCACGAAAGUUUUGUUAUAAUGAGAAUUCAAUGUAAUAAUACGUUCUCAAUUUAAUUUAUAAUCUCUUCUUUUUUUUUUCUCUCUUUAUUUUCUUUCUUUCGUUCUUUAUUUUUUUUUUUUUUUUUAUUUUUUAUUUUUUUAUUUAUUUAUUUUUUUUUUUUUUAUCACUUCGUUUCAUGCGUAAGCUUCCAGCAAUAGUUAUGUCGUCGAACAAUAUGAUACAAGUAUAUUCUCCGCGGAUGUAACUAUCAGAAUUAUUUUGUCGAGAUAUAUUCAUCGUAUAUACAUACAUCGUUGAGGAAAACGACAACAAAAAAGAAAAAAAAAAAAAAAAGGAAACGAAAAAAAAAACGAAAAAAAAAAAACAAUAAAGUAUUUUCUUCGCUCGUAACAUACAACAGAGAGAAAACAAAACAAAAAAAAAAAAAAAAAAAAAAAAGAUUAUAUGAAAUUCGUACCUAAGCACAUUCUCCUCUCUUCAUAGGAUCGACAAAAGUUGUGUAGUAAGAGAUUUAAUGUUUAUCGAUGCUGAUCAACGUGCAUGCGUUUUUAGAAAUCAUGACACCGUUAGAUAUAUGCAUUCACGCGGGAUAAAUACGCGACACCGGCCAAAUUCUUCUAAUCGUCAACAAAAUCGUGGACCUGAAGGUAGCAAUGUUAUUAAUGGAAAAAAAUAUAUGACGUAAUUAAUUUGUAUUUUUAGCAAAGGAAAAAAUAAAAAAAAAUAAAAAAAAAAAGAAAAAAAAAGGAAAAAAAAGAAAGAAUAUGUACCAAUCAAAGAAAAGAGAAAUAAAAUAAAAUGAAAUAAAAAGUAAAAUUAAGAAAAGAAAAAAAACAAAAAAAAGAAGAGGAAAAAAAAAGAAGACGUAAAAAACGUGUCGAGAUGCGAAAAGAAAUUGUACAGAAUUUGUCACGUCGUUUAUCGUGGUAUUUUUUUUAUAAGUAUACAUCGAGAAAUACAAAAUAUCGGGCAUGUUAAAGCAAACUAGCAAAAAAAAAAAAAAGAAAAAAAGAAAAGAAAAACAAAACCCAAAGCUUCUUCUCAAAGGGGUUACUCUUAAAAUGCAUACAUAUGAAAGUGCAGUAUAUUCGUGUGUAUGUUGUGAAACAACAAAAGAAAAGAAAAAAUGCAAAAAAAAAAAAAAAGAAAGAAGAGAAAAAAGACAAAAAAAAAAAAAAGAAAAUGGUUGAAUGAAUGUGCCGGCCUAAAAUCCUCACGCUAUCUCUUAAAGAGUACUUUUUAUAUCAACGUGCCGAUGUCCUUAUAUCUGCACUCCUCCGAAAACCUUAUUAAAUUGUACCCAGCGACACUAAUUCUUGUAGUUCUCUUCAGCCUCCACCCAACAUUCACCACUACCACCAUCACACGAUUUUGCUUUGUAAAACAUGUUCGUAAUAAAAAAAAAACGGAAAAAAAUUAAUAAAAAGUAAAAAAAAAAAAAACAGAAAGAAA